AUGUUGGCCUUCGCGACCAGGACCAUGGUGAAGCCCUUAGGCUUCCUCAAGUGUACCUCCCUGACGAAGGUUCCCGGCCGCUUCAAGGCACACCAGGACAUGCUGCCCCGGCUGCCAGUGCCCUCACUUCAGCAGUCCCUGGACCAUUACCUCAAUGCACUCCAGCCCAUCGUGAGCGAAGAGGAGUGGACCCAAACCAAGCAGCUGGUGGAUGAGUUUCGGACCCCAGGGGGUGUUGGGGACCGCCUGCAGAAGGGACUGGAGCGCAGGGCCAAGAAGACAGAGAACUGGCUGUCCGAGUGGUGGCUCAAGACAGCUUACCUCCAGUACCGCCAGCCUGUAGUCAUCUGCUCCAGCCCUGGCCUGGUGCUGCCCAAGCAGGACUUUGUGGAUUUGCAGGGUCAGCUCCGGUUUGCUGCUAAACUCAUUGAGGGUGUGUUGGAUUUCAAGGUCAUGAUUGACAAUGAGACCUUGCCUGUGGAGUACCUAGGGGGGAAACCACUGUGCAUGAACCAGUACUACCAGAUCUUGUCCUCCUGCCGCGUGCCAGGCCCCAAGCAGGACUCAGUCCUCAACUUCAGCAAGACCAAGAAGCCACCCAUGCACAUCACCGUGGUACACAACUACCAGUUUUUUGAGCUGGAUGUAUACCACAGUGAUGGGACGCCCUUCACCUCGGAUCAGAUCUUCACACAGCUGGAGAAAAUCUGGAAUUCAUCAUUGCAGGCCAACAAGGAACCUGUAGGCAUUCUCACCUCCAACCACCGUAACUCCUGGGCCAAGGCAUACAACACGCUCAUCAAAGACAAGGUAAACCGGGAGUCAGUACGCUCCAUCCAGAAGAGUAUUUUCACCGUGUGCCUGGAUGCACCUGUGCCGCGAGUCUCCGAAGACAUGUACCGCAGCCACGUGGCUGGCCAGAUGCUGCACGGUGGUGGUAGCAAGCUCAACAGUGGCAACCGCUGGUUUGACAAGACUCUACAGUUCAUCGUGGCAGAAGACGGCUCCUGUGGGCUCGUAUAUGAGCAUGCUGCUGCUGAGGGGCCCCCCAUCGUCGCCCUCCUGGACCACAUCAUUGAGUUCACGAAGAAGCCUGAACUUGUGAGAUCUCCCAUGGUACCUCUGCCCAUGCCCAAGAAGCUGCGGUUCAACAUCACCCCAGAGAUUAAGAGUGACAUCGAGAAGGCCAAGCAGAACCUUAGCAUCAUGAUCCAAGACCUGGACAUCACCAUGGUAGUGUUCCACCACUUUGGGAAGGACUUCCCCAAGUCUGAGAAAAUGAGCCCAGACGCCUUCAUCCAGAUGGCCCUGCAGCUGGCCUACUACAGGAUCUACGGGCAGGCGUGUGCCACAUACGAAAGUGCCUCCCUGCGCAUGUUCCACCUGGGCCGCACAGACACCAUCCGCUCAGCUUCUGUGGCUUCACUCGCCUUCGUCAAGGCCAUGGAUGACUCCAAUGUGACGGAUCACCAGAAGGUAGAGCUGCUACGGAAGGCCAUUCAGGCACAUCGAACCUACACCAACCUGGCCAUCCGCGGAGAGGCCUUUGACCGGCACCUACUGGGCCUGAAGUUGCAGGCCAUUGAAGACCUGGUGAGCAUGCCUGACAUCUUCAUGGACACCUCCUAUGCCAUCGCCAUGCACUUCAACCUCUCUACCAGCCAGGUCCCUGCCAAGACAGACUGUGUCAUGUGUUUUGGGCCUGUGGUCCCAGACGGCUAUGGAGUCUGCUAUAACCCCAUGGAGGCUCAUAUCAACUUCUCUGUGUCAGCCUACAACAGCUGUGCUGAGACCAACGCCGCCCGCAUGGCACACUACCUGGAGAAGGCCCUCCUGGACAUGCGUGCUCUGAUACAGAGUCACCCCCAGGCCAAGCUCUGA